GAGCGCACACACACACACACACACACACACUCUCUCACAGGGAACCAUGGAGCAGACAUCCCGGCUCGGACGGACCUCGCCAGCCGCCGGACUGCGGCCGCUGCUUCUUCUCCUCCUCACCGUGUGCGGACUCGCCCGCGCGAGCAGCAACCCCGUGGUCGUAUCCGAGAAAGUGGAUGCAGUGCUGGGGAAGGAUAUCACACUGAGCUGCAGAAUAGAUUUGGCCUCCAACCACACUAUCUCACAGAUCUCCUGGGAGCGUCCUCAUCCUUCAGGCCAGAUCACCGUGGCAGUGUUCAACCCCAAUUAUGGAAUCGCAUUCGCUCACGAAUAUGUUGAGCGCAUCUCUUUUGUUUCCCCUUCAACACACGAUGCUACCAUUAUCCUUAAAGAUGUUGGCUUUGCAGACGGUGGGACCUACACCUGCAAAAUGGCGACAUAUCCUCUGGGGAUUCAACAAGCAACAACCAUCGUCAAUGUAUUAGUGGAGCCAAAGAUGUAUGUGUCCGCCGGCUCCGCGGCUCUGCUGGACGGCGGGAACGAGACGCUGGUGGCCACCUGCAUAGCAGAGCGGGGCCGUCCUGCCGCCAAGGUUUUCUGGGAGACGGAGUUGCACGGGCGCACCGAGAAGCAAAGGGAGCACGAGCCCAACGACACCACCACCGUACACGUGCGCUACCUGUGGCUGCCACAGAGCAACGCCGUGGGGAAGAAGCUCACCUGUGUGGUGCUCCACCCAACCCUGCAAAAAGAGUUCCGCAUCCCCUUCGCAAUAAAUGUUCAGUUUGCGCCAAUCGUAUCAAUAACUGGACUUGACGGAAAUUGGUAUGUGGGUCAAGAGAACGUGAAGUUCACGUGUGGUGCCAAAGCGAACCCACCUGCCCAUCAAUUCACAUGGAUCAGGUUGGAUGGAUCAAUGCCUGAGGGUGUUGAGAUCUCAAACAGCACCUUGGCUUUCGCUCGCCCGUUGGAGAUCGCAGACUCUGGAGUGUACCGCUGUGAAGUCACGAAUGACAUCGGUGUCAGCAGUCAGAACGUGAACCUCUGGGUAUACGAUCCUCCCCCCACCACUGCAGCCCCCAGCACCACUGCAUCCCUCCUCCACGACACCUCUGGAACCGGCAAUGGGACGGACGAGCGGAGAACCCUGUUCACGUCCCCCACCCUGGCGGCCUUAACUGACAGCAGCAUGGGCACCAUAGUCGGCGGGGCAGUUGGUGGUGUGCUGUUUCUGAUCCUCUUGCUGAUUAUUGGUGGGGCGUGUUUCAUGCGCCAGCGCAGGACAUUCAGGGGCGACUACUAUGCCAAGCAGUACCUGGGACCGUCCGACAUGCAGAAGGAGUCUCAGCUGGAUGUGCUGCAGCCACACGAGCUGCAGGAGGUCUACGGGGACAAGACGAGCAAAGGCAGCCAGGAGCUCAAACCAAAACUGGGUGGAGACAUAAUUUACCCCGACUACACCCCCGAGCGCAAGGAUGGGGACGACUGGGCUGACAAAGGGGACAUCCACAGGGGCCUCAAGGAGGGAAACUACUACCCUGAUAUGCACCCCUGUGGGCCCCCCGUACACAGCCCUGUUGUGAACAACGGCUCCCCCUAUCUACCGGAGUACUGCUUUGACAAUGGUACAGACAGCGACUAUGUGUCCCACAUGGACGGAUCUGUGAUCUCGCGCAGGGAGUGGUAUGUCUGAGCGAAGGAGGAAGGAAACGGACAAACGACUGUGUGAGAAUAACUUAACACGUGGCCGACAGAAAUAUCGUUAACGGUUGUGUCAUUUCAGUUAAAGGAUGAAUACCAUUUCUCAGCUCAGUUUCACAAUGAGCUCUUUGAACAGUACUGCUCCGCCUUGAUUGUAACCACUUAACCUUAAGGAUAUGUUUCUGGAUUGUAUUACACCUUUGUAGCGUUUCAAGGAGCUACGGAGACGCUGGACGGUGCGGGCGUAAGAGGCUUUUUUUUGCAACGGAUGCAAAUGUGGUUCUGUAUUCUGCUUUUUUUGUGUCGGCAGCUGUCUUUACAGCAGGUCACUGGUCAGGUGUUCAGACCCUCAGUAGUGAAGCAUUUCUAUCCCUGACUGACUGAGAAACCUCACGACUUCUGUGGCAUUUUGGAAAAGAGUGGUCUUGCGAUUGCUUACCGCGUUUCCACACAGGUGAUAUGUUUAUCAUAGCCUCAAUCAGUAUUUAAGCGAAUUAUAUUGCAUGAUUAUUUUUUUUCUAAAACCAAAAUGUGUCAUCAAGGUAAAGGGAAAGUCACAUGAUUAAAAGGGAGAAUGACACAUGCGUUGUACUGAGGGAAAAGAAAGAUGGCUGCUUACGGCAUCACAUUACAUAAAACACUGAUUCAUGAAAUAGUGAGUUUGUCACCUGACUGAGAGAAAGUCUUCACUCCCUGCGGAGGUAAUUUUACGUUCGAACCACAAAACAAAACACACUCUUGUUGUUUUGAUGAAUGAUUGCGGCUGUGAGGUCGUGCAGCCUGUGACCUUCAGCUUUCCAGUGUGGCAGACGAAGCCAAGCGGGCCGCGGCGCUCUCCCCUUAGCCACGAUAACUGGCUGCGUCGCCGUCUUUUCCAUUUUCCCUCCGUCUCAUCCUCUGCGUUCUGUCUGCGAGACUUAACACCGAUUGGUCAUUAUAGUUUUUUAUUUAAGCGCUGGGAUCAAAGCAAUGUGUUAUAAAUACCAGAUGGGACCACAACAGCUGUCAUCGUCUGACAUUAUGUGGCUCCGUAAACCACCAACAGUUUCACUGCCCCCACUCAACACGCCGCACUCGGGAUUCAUGGGGGUAAAUAAUCAAAGUUGAAACCUUUUUUGUGGGGGGGGGGAAGACAGUACAGACGCUCAAACUGAACCUUCAGCUUUAGUUUGUAUGUGUUUGAAUUGUGUGUGAUUAUUCAAAUACCUUGGAGACCGUGUGAGCGGCUGACGUCACCACUGAUCACAGAACAGGCUUUAAUGUUGGGGUUUGGCUCCUCUGCAGCUCCUCUGAGGAUAUACAGCAAUCAUGGAAACUAGAAACUCAAUCCACAAGUCCCAAAAAAGAAAAAAGAAAACCGUUUAAGAACCAUCUAGGUUAGAGCUGCCUCUGUAACGGCUCCCCAAGGCAUUUAUAUAUAUGUUUUUUUCUUCUCCCUUUCCCUACCAACAACAAAUCGAGUGACAUUAAGUUGAAACAAAAGAGUUGACAUCAUCAGUGAUCUCAUCUCUCACUGCAUGAUUUGACCUUGCUCUUUUCCACUUAGUGCUGCUUCUUUUUUUUGUGUUGUUUCUGCAGGAAUGACACACGGAUCAUGGUGGCCUCACAUGAAAGAGAAAACGUUCCCCUUUUCGUUAUCAACCUCCCUGUUCAAUCAAUCAGGGAGCUUGUUGCUAUAAGAAGGAGCCAUAUAUAUGUAUCACAGAUCAGGACCGGGGGGAGUUUGGUAUAUUUUGAGGUCUUCUUCUUUCUUAUUGGGGUUUUAUAAAUUGUGGGUGCACUUAACCCUUUUUUUCUUCUUUUUUUUUAACCCUUCUCCACCCUUGUUUUCCCAUGCCAGGGCUUUGGUCGAAGGUUUAGAUGUCUGAGAAUAAACUACUUUAAUCUCUGCAGCUCGCUCUCACUCUCAUCGUCUCACACACACACACACACACACACACACACACACACACACACACACACACACACACACACACACACACACACACACACACACACACACACACAGCCACCACACAUCUGCCAUUGCUGCCCACAUUCAAAGAGCAGCCCUCACCUCAAACCAUCAGCUUUUGAAUUAACUUUUUUUUCUUUUUUUUCUUGUCGUUGCACUUGCCAAUGAAAGUGCUUCAACUCUGAUAUAUACAGUAAAUAGCAUAUCCGCCUUCAAACGGCUGAUUCACAGCUGUCCAAGUGUUUGUCAUUCGGUAAAAGUCGCUCCAUGCGAACCACUGUCUGACCUUUUCAUGCGUUAUCUCUUAAAAACCGAUUAACAAAAGCAAACUGAGCUGAAAUUGGUGAAUGUUCCUUGUGUGCUUUCGAAUCAGUUCUGUUCAACUGGUUGCAUGUAAGUUAAGUUAUUGGCUGCCUACUGCGCUCAUUGUUUCUCAUCACUAAUGUUUAUAUACAUGUACAUAAUGCUAAUAGGUUAGCGUAGGAUUAGCUCUUUCCUCAUACUUUGGUUUCGUAUGUUCAUGUACAGUUUGUUCUGGACUCCCCUACUGAAUAUGUCGGUGCCUUACCAGGGCUCAGCAAUGCACAGAAACUUUAAAGAAGACAAUUUCUGAGAGGAUUCGCAUAGAGGAUAUUAAUAUCUUUUUGAAGAGGCUGACUGGUCCUUUAAUAUGUCCUCCACCUUGAUAUUUAAGAAGUUAUUAAAACACAAAUAGACAAAAGGUUGAUUGUCAUGCCUUAUACACUUUGAAAAGACACGUGUAACAAGUUGGUUACUGAGACAAUUGAAGAGUAUAGUUUCACUGGGUAAAAAGAAAAUAUUAUUGUCCUGUAAAUAUGCUGGCUGUUUCUUUUUUUCUUCUUCUACUUAUUAUUAUUAUUAUUAUUGAAAUAAAAUCUUAUUUUUUGUAUGAGGUCUGUAAUUUUCACAGAGUAUUAGUUCAUCCGGUUUUCACUGUAUUUUUCUAUUUCUAUUUGUUCUCGAGUUUUCUGACCUAUUGUUUUGUAUGCUGUUUCUCUGAAUGAUUGAUGUCUCACAGGAAUCAGAAAUGAAAGUGCAGUAGCUUGUAUUUUGUUCCUUUUGUUUGCAAUAAAAGACCAUUAUUGCGCUCAA